AUGCCAAAAGUCAACCGAAAAAAAGCUUCUGAUGUAGUCGACUCAUUGGGCUCCCCUGAUAAAUCAGAGGAAGACAAGGGAAACAACAAAGCAUCUCCAACUGUUUCAGAUGCGAAGGCCAAGUCGAAAAAGAUGGCACCCGAGGAUCCCAAAAGCAUUGAUCCUCCGGAAAAUGAUUCCUUUGAUGUUGUGUUACCAUCUUUACUAGGGACGGCCAAUGCCGGAGAGUGUACCCUGAUGGUAGAAGUGAGCCCAGAAGAUGCCAGAUUGUUGGAUUACGAAGGCAUGUCGGGAGCCAUUGGCAGAUUUGAAGCCAAUCACCAUGGCGUCAUUGUGGAUCUGAAGGGAAACCGAUAUCAUGGUAGCAUUUUGCCAGGACCCACUGCGAUGGUGGUGAAUCUAGUCAAAGGAGGCCAACUAAAGGUGGAAGGUAUUACGGAUGAAUAUGCAACUUUGGCCAAAUCCAAAGAUGUCAUGAAAUCCCUCGAUGCAGUCGUCAAGGGUGAAUUCGAUGAUGGUUUUCGGGUCCGGGAUGAUAAUGUCAACAAGACGGCCAGGCAGGCGGCUGCGGCCAAGGUUGCAGACAAGAAGGCCGAGGAUAACAAAUCAUCUGUGACACCUAAAACGAAAAGGAGAGCGAGUGUUACACCUGCGAAAAAGAGUUCAGGCAAGAAGAAAAAGACAACAUGA